AUGCCACCUCGCCCUCGUCAAACCCGCCAGAGCUGCGACCGGUGCCACGCCCACAAACUGCGUUGUCCAAAACAGCCUGGCAACGCCAUCUGCAUCCGUUGCUCCAAAGCCGGAGCCGCAUGCAUUUACAGCCCCGUGGGCACGCUACCCGCCUACCAGGACCUGGCUGCAGGGCCGGGCAAUGAUAAUGCCCUGCCCCUUUCAAACGGUGCGACGGACCUGGACUGGGGCAACUUCUCUUUCGAUGACAUCCUGGGCUUCUCCUCUGUUCAGCCUUGCCGUGUCCCGUCACCUCGCUAUGAUGAAGCACCGCAGCCUCAGGUUCCAGCUGACCCUCGAUCUCAAUGGUUUGAGGAGCUGUCUGCCAUCACGGCCACUCUGGAUAGAGCCAAGAGGGGUCUUCCUCCCAUUGACAGAUUCCACGUCGCUGGCCCCGACUCCAAAAAGUACUGCCUCGAGAUAUCUAAACAGUACAGCCACAAGGAGUCCCUCGAGCUACUGCUCGCCGAGACCCAGAAGCUGGUCGAUGUAUAUCCCAGAGCCGUACAGUAUGCUCUAGAACAGCGCUCAACCCCCGACUGCAGCGUUCCAAACUGCAUACACACAUACAAGUCCAUCCCCGGCCUCGAAGACGAACCCUUUGCAAACUCGGCGCAGUUGACAUCAAAGAUCGACUACCCUUUGCUCAGUCUCCUACUCUGCUGUCAUUACCGAUGUGCCGAUGUCAUGGAGCUCGUCCUGUGCCACGUCCAGCUCUGUCUCAGGUUCCUCGCCGCGGCUAUGCAGCAAGAUGUCCAGCCUCACGAGUUUGACGUACCAGAGCUCAAAAUUGGCUCGUUCACCCCGUCACGGCGGUCAUCGCCCUCCAUCAUCAUGGCGAUUUUGAUCGAUCUCCAGUCUUCCCUGGCCACUUGUGUCCCGCGACUUAGCUCUGCACUGAACGAGAUGGAAGGGGACUGUGGCAAGGAAGGCCGCAUACUCCUGCUUCAAUGCGAACUACUUGCAGAGAGAGCAAACUCCAUCGUAGACCGUCUCAAAACACUGAGGGAUACUCUCAGCAAUGCAGGGCUCCUGGCCUAG